AGCUUAAAAAAAAUUAAAAUGGGAAAAAAAUCCAAGAAAAAGAACAAAGCUCGCGUGAUUCAGUAGACUUUGCGCGGUGUCUUCCUUCUUUAACUACAAUCAUGGAAUGUCGCGCUCUUCAUUCUCCCUACGUUAAUGUAUUUGACUACGCUUCAGCAAAACCAACCCGGUGCUUUUCUGUUGGAUCGCAGACAUUUAACGGGUUUAGGUAAUGAAGGGAAUCAUCUCAGGUCCUAGUGGGAGCAAGGUUACUAAUAUGUUACUAAAUCAUGACUUUUCAGACGGGCUGAACUCUUGGCAUCUCAAUCGCUGUGAUGGCUAUGUAAUUUCACCUGAAUCAGGUCCUCAGCGAGGUGUGGAAAUGGACUCGCAUGGUAAUUAUGCUGUUAUCACAAACCGGAAGGAAUGCUGGCAAGGCCUUGAGCAAGAUAUCACAGAUAAAAUUUCCGUUGGUUCCACUUACUUUGUUUCAGCUUGUGUUGGAGUAUCUGGGCUUACUCAAGGGUCUACUGAUGUUCUAGCUACUCUGAAACUAGAAUAUCAUAAUUCAGAUGCUAACUACUUGUGCAUUGGAAGAACUUCUUGUGUGAAGGGUAGCUGGGAAAAGUUGGAAGGGUCAUUUUCAUUGUCCACUAUGCCUGAUCGGGUCAUAUUUUAUUUGGAAGGACCUGCUCCUGGAGUUGACCUGCUUAUACAAUCAGUAGACAUCAUCUGCUCCAGCCCAACUGAUUAUGAAAAUCAUACAACAAACAAGGGGUGUGCUUCCACUGAAGAUGAAAAUAUCAUAAUAAAUCCCCAGUUUGAGGAUGGCCUGAAUAAUUGGUCUGGAAGAGGCUGCAAGAUUGUAUUACAUGAUUCCAUGGGAGAUGGGAAAAUCCUUCCAAAGUCUGGAAAAUUCUUUGUAUCUGCAACAGAACGUACCCAAAGCUGGAAUGGAAUUCAGCAGGAGAUCACUGGACGAGUGCAGCGCAAGCUUGCCUAUGAGGUUACUGCUGUAGUUCGGAUAUUUGGGAACAAUGUCACCACUUCUGGUGUACGUGCUACAUUGUGGGUUCAAGCACCAGAUCUUCGAGAGCAGUAUAUAGGCAUUGCCAAUGUGCAGGCAACAGAUAAAGAUUGGGUUCAAAUGCAGGGAAAAUUCCUUUUGAAUGGUUCCCCAUCAAAAGUGGUUGUUUAUUUAGAAGGUCCUCCUGCAGGCACUGACAUUCUUGUCAAUACUUUGGUAGUCAAGCAUGCAGCUAAAACACCACCUUCUACACCCCCUGACUGUGAGAGUGCUGCUUUUGGUGUUAAUAUAAUUGAGAAUAGUAAUCUGGCUAAUGGCACCAACGGAUGGUUCUCACUUGGUAAUUGUACUUUGAGUGUUGGAGCCGGUUCACCGCGUAUAAUUCCACCAAUGGCAAGAGAUUCUCUUGGGCCUCAUGAAUCCUUAAGCGGGCGCUAUAUCCUUGUAACCAAUCGCACACAAACAUGGAUGGGUCCUGCUCAGAUGAUCACUGAGAAAUUGAAACUCUUUCUAACUUAUCAAGUCUCUGCUUGGGUUCGGAUUGGUUCUGGAUCAACCGGUCCUCAGAAUGUGAACAUUGCCCUUAGUGUUGACAACCAGUGGGUCAACGGAGGACAAGUUGAGCUUGCUGAUGACAGGUGGCAUGAAAUUGGUGGGUCCUUUAGAAUUGAAAAGCAGCCAUCUAAGGUUAUGGUUUAUAUCCAAGGUCCUGCUUCUGGUGUCGACUUAAUGGUUGCUGGACUUCAAAUUUUUGCUGUUGAUAGACAAGCUCGGUUUAAAUAUUUAAGGAGGCAGACAGACAAGGUCCGUAAGCGUGAUGUAAUCCUAAAAUUCUCUGGGCUAGACUCAAGCAGUAAUCUUGGAACAUUUGUGAAAGUUAGACAGAUACAAAAUGAUUUUCCAAUUGGAUCAUGCAUCAGUAGAACCAAUAUUGACAAUGAAGAUUUUGUUGACUUCUUUGUGAAGCAUUUUAACUGGGCUGUUUUUGGGAAUGAGUUGAAGUGGUAUUGGACUGAGCCACAACAAGGGAAUUUGAACUACAAGGAUGCUGAUGAUAUGUUAGACUUCUGUCAGAAGAACAAGAUAGAAGCCCGUGGUCAUUGUAUCUUCUGGGAAGUGGAUGGCACUGUUCAGCAAUGGAUCAAAUCAUUAAAUAAAAAUGAUUUGAUGACAGCUGUCCAAAACCGCUUAACUAGCUUAUUGACUCGCUACAAGGGGAAGUUCAGGCACUAUGAUGUUAAUAAUGAAAUGAUGCAUGGUUCAUUUUAUCAGGAUAGACUAGGUAAGGAUAUCAGGGCCAACAUGUUUAAGAAUGCACACCAACUAGAUCCAUCUGCUACACUGUUUGUGAAUGAUUAUCAUGUUGAAGAUGGAUGUGACACCAAAUCAUCUCCAGAAAAGUACAUUCAACAUAUUCUCGAGUUGCAAGGGCAAGGUGCCCCAGUUGGAGGAAUAGGAAUUCAAGGUCACAUAGAUAGUCCUGUGGGACCUAUAGUUUGUUCUGCCCUUGAUAAAUUGGGUACUCUUGGUCUUCCAAUAUGGUUCACUGAGCUUGAUGUGUCUUCCACCAAUGAAUAUGUUAGAGCUGAUGAUCUAGAAGUUAUGCUGCGGGAAGCAAUGGCACAUUCUGCAAUAGAUGGUAUAAUGCUAUGGGGAUUUUGGGAAUUGUUUAUGAGCCGGGACAAUGCACACUUGGUGGAUGCAGAAGGUGAUCUCAAUGAAGCUGGGAAAAGAUACCUUGCUCUCAAACAAGAGUGGCUAUCUCACAGCCAUGGUUAUGUUGAUGAGCAAGGUCAAUUCAGCUUCAGAGGCUUUAGUGGAACAUACAGUGUGGAAGUUGUGACCUUGGCAAAGAAAAUUUCUAAGACGUUUGUUGUUGAUAAGGGUGACUCGUCACUAGUGGUAUCAAUUAAUUUAUAAGUGUCCUGCUUCACCUUGGAGUUAGUAUUUCUUGGUUGUCUUGUCAUGCAUUCAUGAUUUUAAUAUUUUUUUUUUUUUUUUAUAUGCUGUUCGCUGAAUACAGAGUUGGUUGUGUGACGUUAAUGAUAGCUUGCUGGACAUUACAUUCUGGAAAAGAAAUAAAAUAAAAUUUGCUGCUUUUGUU